ACCAUCAUGCAGACAUCAGAGACUGGGUCGGACACAGGUUCGACAGUGACUUUACAGACAUCUGUGGCUAGUCAAGCAGCAGUGCCUACACAGGUGGUACAGCAAGUACCAGUACAGCAACAGGUACAGCAGGUACAGACUGUGCAACAGGUACAGCAUGUCUACCCAGCUCAGGUCCAGUAUGUGGAAGGAAGCGAUACUGUUUAUACCAAUGGAGCAAUCCGAACAACAACUUAUCCUUACACAGAAACGCAGAUGUACAGCCAAAACACUGGAGGGAAUUACUUUGAUACGCAAGGGAGUUCUGCACAGGUGACUACCGUGGUCUCAUCCCACAGUAUGGUGGGCACUGGUGGGAUUCAGAUGGGCGUCACGGGAGGACAACUCAUCAGCAGCUCCGGGGGAACCUAUCUGAUCGGCAAUUCAAUGGAGAAUUCUGGUCACUCCGUGACGCAUACCACUCGGGCCUCCCCAGCGACAAUUGAAAUGGCGAUUGAGACGCUGCAAAAGUCUGACGGUCUGUCCACUCACAGAAGCUCUCUUCUCAACAGCCAUCUCCAGUGGCUGUUGGACAAUUACGAGACAGCAGAAGGAGUGAGCCUUCCCAGAAGCACUCUAUACAACCACUACCUGCGACACUGUCAGGAACACAAACUGGACCCAGUCAAUGCUGCUUCUUUUGGAAAAUUAAUAAGGUCCAUUUUUAUGGGACUACGAACCAGGAGAUUGGGAACUAGAGGAAACUCCAAGUACCAUUACUAUGGGAUUCGUGUCAAGCCAGAUUCCCCUCUCAAUCGUCUGCAAGAAGAUAUGCAGUAUAUGGCUAUGAGGCAACAACCCAUGCAACAGAAACAAAGGUACAAGCCUAUGCAGAAAGUGGAUGGGGUUGCAGAUGGUUUCACAGGAAGUGGUCAACAGACAGGCACAUCUGUUGAGCAAACUGUAAUUGCCCAAAGUCAACAUCAUCAACAGUUUUUAGAUGCAUCUCGAGCACUCCCAGAGUUUGGAGAAGUUGAAAUCUCUUCUCUGCCAGAUGGUACUACCUUUGAGGAUAUCAAGUCACUGCAGAGUCUUUAUCGAGAGCACUGUGAGGCAAUAUUGGACGUUGUUGUGAAUCUUCAGUUUAGCCUGAUAGAAAAAUUGUGGCAAACAUUCUGGCGCUAUUCUCCCUCUACUCCAACUGAUGGCACUACCAUUACUGAAUCAAGCAAUCUGAGUGAAAUAGAAAGUCGACUUCCGAAAGCAAAGCUGAUAACUCUGUGCAAACAUGAAGUACCACAUCGAGGUGGGAAAACAAAGAGGGUGCUACUUGAUUAUGAUGGCCAGAGGAAUGUUUUCCAACUUGCAAAGUCAAUCCUGUUGAUAACAGUUGCCGCUGUAAGUGCCUUUGCCCAGACUCUGCGAAGAUACACGUCACUCAAUCACCUGGCCCAGGCAGCUCGUGCAGUGCUUCAGAACACGUCUCAGAUUAACCAGAUGCUCAAUGACCUCAACCGUGUUGACUUUGCCAAUGUCCAGGAGCAGGCUUCCUGGGUGUGCCAGUGUGAUGACAACAUGGUUCAGAGACUAGAAACAGACUUCAAGAUGACUCUCCAGCAGCAGAGCACCCUGGAGCAGUGGGCCGCAUGGCUGGACAACGUGAUGAUGCAAGCCCUGAAACCCUACGAAGGGAGGCCCAGUUUUCCAAAAGCCGCCAGGCAGUUUCUGCUAAAAUGGUCUUUCUACAGCUCAAUGGUUAUUCGAGACUUAACCUUACGCAGUGCUGCUAGCUUUGGCUCCUUCCACCUGAUCCGUCUACUCUACGACGAGUAUAUGUUCUACUUAGUGGAACAUCGUGUUGCUCAGGCAACAGGAGAAACACCCAUAGCAGUCAUGGGCGAGUUUGGCGAUUUAAAUGCUGUGUCUCCUGGAAAUCUGGAUAAAGAUGAAGGCAGUGAAGUGGAAAGUGAAAUGGAUGAAGAACUAGAUGACUCUUCAGAACCUCAAGCCAAGCGAGAGAAAACGGAGCUGACCCCGGCGUUCCCGGUGGGUUGUCUGCAGCCUGUUCUCGAGAGCAGCGUGCAGCCCAGCCUCCUGAAUCCCAUCCACAGCGAGCACAUCGUCACCAGUACUCAGACUAUCAGACAGUGCAGCGCGACAGGCAAUACUUACACUGCGGUCUAAAGAAUAUUAAAGCGUAUUUUUCCAGCUAACAUUAACCCUGUUGAUAUUGGGCUUAAGUUGAGAAAUUAAUAAGCCUGAAGGUCGACUGUUGUCAAAUUCUCUCUGUGCUGAACAUUACCUUUUUGGAGUUGUGAAAUGGAAUGGGUGUAUGUAUUUUGCCAGGUCUCUCUUUUUUUUUAAACGUAAACAAAUUAUUUGCCUCUUAAUGAUAAGAGGGUUUUUUCCUUAGUUUUGGGUGUCAAGAAGGAUUUUUACAACACUUAAUAUUGUUUUUCUUAUAAUUAAAAGUAAUUUACAUUUUUGUAGCUGAAAAUAUUUUAUUGUUGAUUGUUAGUCUUGGUGUAUGAUUUCAUGUGUGAGUUUUUAAUUAGAUGCACUUCUGUGAAAUAUCAAAAGAAAUGCAUUUUUUAUUUACACUGGAGGCAUGCCCAUUUGGCAGCAGAUGCAUCAAAUUUGCUUUUGAAAGGUGCUUUUCAUUGGGCCGAACCACAAGACACUAUUUUGAUAGCAUUUUGGAGUAUGGAGAAAGAAUACAGAGCAUUUUAAUGAUAGUGCUAGAGGGUUGGGCAGGUCAUCUAUAUUUCUCUGAAGAAAAAUUGAGCUGUGCAUUUAUCAGUUCAGAGUAAAUGACAGAAUUGCCAGAGAUUAUGCUAAUAUGUACAUAAUUUGUGUACAUAAUGAUUAAAUCAUGUUAAUGCAAGCUUCCGUUAAACAUUGAAUUUUAACUGUUAUUUGCAUACCAAUUCCUCUGUUUAAUGACUACUGAUUCUGUAUUUGGGACCACUGCACAGAUGCGUUCUGCUGUUGAGUGGGGCUGUUAUAGUUAGAGACUGAAGCUGAAAAUGACUUGACUUUUUUUUUUUAAGUGUACAUGCUACUUAUGCUGAGCUGGACAUACAGGAAACCAUUCCAUUUGGAUGAUUUUCUUUUAUUCCAGGUCUUUUUCCUAAUAGUAGUUCAAUAUGCUGCUAUUAUAAGAGAAAAUUUAUAGAAUGCAAGGAAUGUAGCAACCUGCAUAUCGUUCUUUCGUUCAAAAAUAUUUCCUGGUUUCUAAAGUAUGUGGAUUUAAAUUUUAAACAGAACCUGAAGGCAGUGUAACUGGCACACCAUACUGUUGCUUAUCUCCGAUUCUGUAGGAUUUGGAUAGGUGGCUUGAUGGACCAGUGCCGCUGAAGAAUGUACAUCAGGGAUCAUCGUACCUCGGCUAAAACAUGGUGCCUUAAAACAGAACUGAAGCUAAGGUUUAGUAAGGCUUAUUUUGUUCCUGUAAAUUCCUCUUCAGUCCAUUUGACAAGCUGUGCCUGUCAUUGUCAGAAUCCCGAAGUAAGGACAGGUUACAUGUUCUUCAAAGGAAAUUUAGGGCAAACAAAGCAAAAAAAAAAAAGACAAAAAAAUCAGUUUCCCUCUUUGAGUGACCACGAACCUAUUUUUUGUUCUUAGAGCUGAAUAAUACUUGAUUAUAAGUUAGAUUGCUUAAGGGUAUGGAGUAGCAGGCUAGUUUUAAUCACCAACUUGUUACAUAAAACAUAUAUAUGUUAGACCAUUCUUAUCUACUUAUAAUUUAAGAAAGUUAAAAUAAGUAGGUACUUAUCGAAGUGCAUCUUUUCAGUCUCCGUGUUUGUCUGUGUGUCUUGGUGUCUGUGUCCACAUGCACACACGAGUGCCCAUGGGCGGAGUCAGCUACCACAGCAGAAGGUGAGAUCCAGGAGUGGAUACACCAUCCCCAUGUUCAUUUACAUGAAGAGCCAACAUUCUUUUAAGCACUCAAAUUAUUAACAACAACAAAAAACAGGCACAUCUAUUCAUUUAAUUCGUUCUUAAAAAGCUAAUAAGCAAAAAUAAGUACAUAAAGCCAAAAAAAGGGAAAGCACAAAAUUAUUUACAGACUAUUAAUGAGACCUAUAUGAAAUUCAAGAUGUUUAUCUUUCCAGUUUUAUUGGGGUGAGGGUGGGGGGUGUAAAGAAGAGGGUGAGCCAAUCUGUAAAGUUAAAACUACCAAAUGGCUUAUUGGGUAAUACGCAGUCUAUUUCAACUGUUGUUGCUUGAUUGCCUUAGACUACUCAGAUAACUGAGGUCAACAGGUUUCUUCAGUAAACAUUAAAUGCAUUAGAUGUAAUUUUUUUAAUUGAUUCAAAUUUUGUAUUAUACAGCUCAUACUAGUAUAUUCAAAAGUCUUUUGCUGGCUUAUCGCCUUUAUCUAAAUAUCAUUUAAAUUAUUACCUCCCUUUUCCUCCCAAAAGGCAAUGAAUUUGUACCAUCUCACACACAGACACACACACACACACACACAAAGGCAAACCAGCAAGCAAGACCCCUUAAGCUGCAAAUACCAUGUAUCUACUUCAUUGUGCAUUAGGAAACAUGGACAGGUACAUUUAAAUCAAAAAAACUGAAAAGGAAAAAACCCCCACACUCUUUGUUUUGACCCUCCUUUCUUGAUUUUUCACUUUCCUAACCCUUUCUACCACACCCAGAAGUAUGCUAUAUUUGUAUUGGACCAAAUGUAUUUACCGGUAUCAUCUUGCUUAUUUAACAAUUUUAAAUGUAUUUAUUAUAAUUGUUUCCUUUAAUUUAGUGUUGGAUAUAUUUGUUUUGUUAGAGGAAUCUGAUAAUAAUGGGCAUACAGUGGGGCCUUGACUUAUGAGUUUAAUUCAUUCCGUAACAGAGCUCGUAACUCAA